CGGCAGCUCCCUGUAACUCCGGGUUGCGUCUGGCGUGGAGAGUGUCAGGUACUCAGGAAGCUCCCGUUAACGGAAAAAGUGCCCGCUGUCUAGUUUUGGGCCUGAUUUGUCUGAGGUUACAAAACUCUGACUUCAAACAGCUCUUUUGUUUUUAAAGGAGAAAUAAAAGCAAGCCACAGCAAAGUCAGUUUCCAUUGACUGCCUGAACAGCAGGUCUGGCUUUCAGAUUUCCCCGUUCGUAAAUAGCAUAGAAAAAUAGCAACGAUUGCGUUAGAAUUGGAGGAAGUCUGCAUUUUUGUUUCCUGAGAUGAGCGUGCCGAAUGCAUCCCUGGUGUGAGUGGAUAACGAAUGGCUGGCGAAUUUACCUGCAGUAGUGCUAGACUUGAUCAUUACCCCCUGCAUGUAUGAACUAAAAAGUAUUGAUCAUGCAGUCAAGGGAGAGGCUCAAGAAGUGAUGUUUCCUCUGGAGCUGAAAGUAAUUGGACUGGAAUUCAUUUAUUUGCAGUUAAUUUGUAUUGGUGUGAAAGUAUUGAAUGUGGGGAACUAGUUGGCCCUUUUCCCAGUGUUUGCUUCUGUCAUUUGAGAGUAUAAAGAAAAACUUUUGGGGCUCAAACAAGUAAAACUAAUUUAAAUCUAUUCUACUAUGGAACAAUCUCCCCGUUGGUUGCUUAGUCAUAUUGUUAAAAGAUAGGCCAACCGUGGGACACCCUACCCUAAAAAGUUUAAGUCAUCUUGAGAGACUAACUGGAUCUGUUUAUUCUUUUCUUCAGCAGAGAUAUUUAUAAAAGAUGCACAUGGCUUUCCAGUUUACAGCUAAUACAAGAAUCAAAGGAAUAAAUAGUUUGUAUAUAUGGUACAGUUACAGCUGGGAGAGUGGAUUUUGUUUAAAUCAUUAAGUUACUAAAAUAAUUAAAAGGAAAAAUAUAAGAGAAAAUACGGAUUUGUAUCUGUGAGCAUUUUGACUAUAUUGAGCCACAAUAUCAACAAAAAUACUUUAGAGAGGAAUGAUUAAGUCUGGAUGUGUGCCUGAUAUGAGGCUAGCCAGAAAAAAGUAAAGAUAGGACAUACUUCUGAUGGAUUUUUUUUUUUUUUGGUCUCCUUCGGUGGUGGAUUGAGAGCGCUCUAGUGUUCAGGAUUGGUGUGCCAACACUAUUGUAUUUUGAUAGUCUUUGGAUUCUGUGAUUUCUAAAAGCAGGUUUGCUACAUGCUAGUGUGCUACUGGAAAGCAAAUUCGGGUUUUGCCAGUUUUAUUUGUGAAUAUCUGUGCUAUUCUAGCUUGAAGAGACCAACAGAGGUCUAUUUCUUCUCUGACUUCCACAAGCAAUUGAGGAAGGUGGACAAAUCUUUCUGUUAAGGAGCAAAUGGUUUGAGAGCUGUGCUUUUCAGUAAAGAUGUUGUUUACGUAUUUCCCCUAAACACAAAAGUAAUCUCAUUGUGAAGCAAAUGGUGCACUGAACUCCUGAACAGAUGCUAGUAAUGUAAAGCCGUUGGAUGGUGUGAAAAUUCUUGAUCUAACAAGGGUGCUUGCCGGGCCCUUUGCCACAAUGAAUUUAGGAGAUCUAGGAGCUGAAGUUAUCAAAGUGGAAAGACCAGGAGCAGGUGAUGAUACUAGAGGCUGGGGCCCACCUUUUGCUGGAACAGAAAGUGUUUAUUUUCUCAGUGUCAAUCGAAAUAAAAAGAGCAUAGCUGUCAAUAUGAAGGAUCCAAAAGGAGCCAAGUUAGUCAGAGAGCUUGCAGCCAUGUCUGAUGUUUUUGUGGAAAACUACAUCCCUGGGAAACUGGCUGAAAUGGGUCUAGGUUAUGAAGACAUUAAAAAGAUUGCUCCUCACCUAGUAUACUGUUCAAUAACAGGUUAUGGUCAGACUGGUCCAAUGGUUCAGAGAAGAGGAUAUGACUCUAUUGCAGCUGCUGUUUCUGGUCUCAUGCAUAUCACAGGACAUGAGGAUGGUGAGCCAGUUAGACCAGGAGUAGCCAUGACAGAUCUUGCUACUGGGCUGUAUAUGUGUGGAGCAAUUAUGGCUGGUUUGCUUCAAAGGUAUAAGACGGGGAAAGGACUGCACAUUGACUGUAAUCUCUUGUCAACUCAGGUUGCAUGCCUUACUCAUGUAGCAGCUAAUUACCUUAAUUGCAAAAUGGAAGCAAAGCGCUGGGGUACAGCUCAUGGGAGUAUUGUUCCAUAUCAGGCUUUUAAGACCAAGGAUGGCUACAUUGUGGUAGGAGCUGGAAAUGAUCAGCAGUUUGUUACUGUGUGCAAGAUCCUGAAUUUGCCUGAAGUUGGUAAGGAUUCCAGAUACAAAACGAAUACACUCAGAGUCCAGAACAGAAGAGAACUUAUUGAAAUAUUAUCAACCCGGUUUUCUGAAAAAACGACAAUCAAAUGGUUGCAGCUCUUUGAAGGUAGUGGGGUUCCAUAUGGUCCAAUCAACAAUAUGCAGCAAGUAUUCUCAGAUCCUCAGGUGCUGCACAAUGGACUUGUCAUGGAAAUGACUCAUCCAACUGCUGGGAGGAUAGCUGUUCCAGGACCAGCUGUCAGAUAUAGUGAAUUUGCUAUGUCAGAACCUAAGCCGCCUCCUCUUGUUGGGCAGCAUACAGUGGAGAUACUGAAGGGCAUAUUGGGGUACAAGGAUGCCGCCAUAGAAGAACUGCUCAGCACUGGUGCUGUGGCUCAGCAUGAGCUCAGAUAAGGAACAUUAGCUACAUUCCUUCACACUGAGUUCACUUUACUUUGUCCUCUCUUUGCUCCCUUCAGCUCCCCUAACGGGACUCAAAGAGAAGACAUAAUUUAAUUCCUAAUUUUCAUCCAUGUGUGUUUGUAUGAUUUUAACACUGAUGUAUCAAAUAAACAAUCUGGUACUGUC